ACUCUGUACAAGGUCAACAAGGAUGCAGGUUAUUCUUUUCCUCAGUGUCCUACUGGCUGCUGCCAGUGCUCAAUCCUCGUACUUCUCCUUUUCCCCAGCCGUGGGGUCAGGGGCUGGAGCCGCUUACACCAUCACAGGGAUGGGCCGCAUCACCGCGGUCAGAACAUGGGAGCAUUCUAAUAGUGUCAUCUCUGGUAUCCAGCUCCGUUAUGGGUUCACAUGGUCACCAGUUGCGGGGAACCAGCGCGGCAACGUCAAUGAGAUUGAGCUGUUCGACGACGAGUUCAUCGUUCAGAUCUCCGGCAAGCACUCUCACUGGAUCUACAGCCUGAUGAUCGUCACCAACAGGGGGCGCUCCCUCAUUGCUGGGCAACCAGUUGGACACACCUUCAACAUGUACGCCAGCCAUCCAAGGGCCGAGCUCCGUUUCCUGAGCGGUCGCCACCAACACGGGAUCAUCUCCUCCAUCGCCUCUCACUGGGCCGUGCUCAGCAUGCCCACCAAUGGCACUGCUGAUUAGCAGAAGAGAAUGAAGACCCACCUGCCCUCCACUGCACUUCCCCUCUUGAAGGAUUUUCUUGGAUAAAUUAAAUUGAUCUCAGGGACGCUACAAAUCACCUGGCCGUCUUUUGGAAUUUUGAAAUAUCUGGCACUCUUCUGUCAUCAGGAGUUUUUCUGUGUUUCACAUCCAAAUGCAUGGUUAGAAAGUAGCUAAAACUUUGAAAUUGUUCUGUGUUAACACUUUAGUCUUGCUCUUCGCUUUUUUCUUCCACUAGUCGGACAUGAUGUGUGUAUUGAGACCAUGAGUCUGUCUGCCUUGGGUGAGGUGAGAUAACACCAUGCUUAUUCUGUGCCGAACAGCCACAAGUUGUGUUUCUUGUUGCAAUGAACAUCAGCAUAUCUUCAGUAAAUACCUUUAAAUAGAAACUCAUGUUCCCUCUGUGAGCCUGUUUAACAUCCUCUGCUCCCCUUGUCAAGGCUGUGAGAUGCUAAAAUGAACACCAAAAUAGCUUCUGUGAAUGGGUUGGCAAUGAAAUGGUUAAACUUCAUGUCCUUAUGGUGUAUUUCUGUUGACCUUGGCUCUCAAUCAGCCUGUUGGUUUUUGAUUGUAUUAUUUUUGUUUGGGAAUUGCAACUUUCUCUGUGAUAUGAUAUCAAUGUUCCUUCAAAACACUCCUCUACCACGCUCAGAACUGCAUAACUCUUACUGAAAUUAAAUCAACACAGAUUGUUCUGUGAUAAAGUCCUGAAAUGCUAAUCAUAAUUAAAAGUCUUGGCACUGCAUAA